AGUUGCCAUCUUUACGAUCGAGGGUAAUUGUUUCACAAUCUGUUAUUUCGCGAUCGCGUCUAUGUCGAAAGUAUUUUUUGAUGUAGCGCUUUGGAUAAAUUAAAAAAGAAAAGAAAAAAUAGAAAUUAAAUAAACGAAAAAAAAAGGAUAGAAAGAAGGGAUAACGCGGGGGUCGAAUGAUAGCGGAAUAGAUCAGAAACGUUGACUUCUUGAAGAUCAGAGAGAGAGAGAGCGCGCGCGCGCGCGCGCCUGCGACGUGGUUACAGAAGAGUGGGUGUAGAGGGAGGAGCGGUAUAGUGGCUAGUUAGCUGUGAGAAAAGUAAAGAGAUAAACAUUUUCCAAAGGGUCAACCCGUUUUUCAUCCAUUUGUCAUCAUUGAAGACAUUACGAAAGGGUAUCAAUUAAACUCCGUUUCUUUUUUCAAGUAUUAGAAAAAGAAGAGUCAAGGAGAGUGUCAAAAGAUAAAAAGCAUCGAGCGGAGUUGAUUGAAAGAGGAAGGGUAGAAAUUGGAGUGAGAGAGAAAGAAAGAGUGAUACCUAACGGUGGAUAAGGCGCGCGCGUGCGUGCGUACGUGCGCGCGACGUUGAGAGACAAGAGGAACGAUAGGCGACGGACGCGAUACGUCGCGGCUGCCGGCGGAACGUUGGGAAGGAGCGUUCGCGCUAAGAGAAAAAAUGAGCUGUCAACGUAACGCUGGCAAGAUUACUGUGCCGGACGACCUAAGAGACGUUCUCUUGGAAUUUACUAUCAGUUAUCUCUUAGAACAACCUGGGGAUAUAAUCGAUUACGCGGUCGAGUUCUUUACGAGACUCAGGGACAACCGUCGAACGCAGUUGAUUCAGCCCGAUGCGCAAACUUGUGCUUCGACACCGGACGAGUCCGUUGACGAAGAACCACCGGUCGGCAGGUUUGCGACCAGAAGGAAGAGCGUUUUCGCUGAAACUUACAAUCCAGAAGAAGAUGAGGAAGAAGACGGCGUCAAGAUGGUACAUCCGAAGAGCGAUGGCCAACGACAAAGGUUAGGCGAAAGCGUGAAGAACAUACUUUUGUUUCGUGCUUUAGACGAAGAACAAAUGGCUGACGUGCUGGACGCGAUGUUUGAGAAAACUGUUCAGCCAGAAGAAUUUAUCAUUAGACAGGGUGACGAUGGUGACAAUUUUUAUGUCAUCGAAAGAGGGAGGUUCGAAGUAUACGUUAAGGAUGCUAACGGCGUAGAAAAUAAUAUUCACACUUACGAUAAUUGCGGUGCUUUUGGGGAAUUGGCCCUUCUUUAUAACAUGCCUAGAGCGGCUAGUGUUAAAGCUGUUACUCCGGGUACACUUUGGGCCAUGGAUAGACAAACUUUCCGUCGAAUUCUUCUCAAAUCUGCAUAUAAAAAGCGCAAGAUGUACGAAGAUUUGAUUAAUAAAGUUCCCAUGCUUAAAUCGCUCGAAUCUUACGAGCGCAUGAACCUCGCCGAUGCGCUUGUACCCAAACAGUAUUCAGAUGGUGAACAGAUUAUUAGACAAGGAGAUACGGCUGAUGGAAUGUACUUUGUUGAAGACGGCGUUGUUAGAAUUACUAUAUUGGGUGAAAAUAAUCGCGAAAUUGAGAUUAAUCGAGUUCCAGCUGGAGGAUAUUUAGGUGAAUUAGCAUUGGUGACGCACAAACCUCGCGCAGCUUCGGCCUAUGCCGUAGGAGAUGUAAAAUUGGCCUUUUUGGAUGUUGAAGCAUUCGAACGUUUAUUGGGCCCUUGUAUGGAAUUGAUGAAACGCAACAUAGAUGAUUACGAGGAUCAACUGGUGAAAAUAUUUGGCAGCAAAACCAACAUUUCCGAUAUUCGAUGAACUAUUACGAAUUAUUAGACGUCGCGCUGCUGUACCGAAAGCACAGUUUCGUACAGUUAUGUAUAACAUGAGCACAAACUUAUACAACCACCUAUUUCUGAAUCUCAUCCGCGUGUUUCAAGUAUCGUCUCGAGUCCGACUUUCGUAUGACUGUCUAAUGUCAGCUGGUAAGAUUCGUCAUUAAUAGUUAUCAAGUUUAUACCUGUGACACACUAAACAAAUUUAAAAGAUCCUCGGUUCUUCGUAUAUAUAUAUAUAUAUAUAUAUAUAUAUAUAUAUAUAUAUAUAUACAUACAUCACGGUAUUAUAACUCUCCAAGACUGUAUUAGAUCAAAAAGUAUUAAAUAUUUCGCCGUGCACUCACUCGCAUGGGGGAUUGAGAUCUAUUUAUGAAAGAGAGAGAGAGAAAGAGAAAGAGAAAGAGAGAGAGAGAGAGACAGAGAGAAGAAAAAUUGGCAAUGUGUAUAAUUUGACAUAACAUGUAGAACGUUUCCCCGUUAAAGAGUUGUUUGUUUUAUACAAGUUAUAAGAAAUACUCGGAAUCGUAAUAUUAAUGUAUAGAAAUUAAUUCGAUGCCAUAAAUAAAUAAAUAAAUACUUUAUUUAUUUUGAAAGUGCAUCAAAUUAAUUUCUAUAUCUAUUACGUGACUAAUAGUAUUGUUUCCUUUUAUAUAUUAAUUUAUAAUAGAUCGAUCUGAAUUCUUUUGACAAAUUA